AAUAUAAAUCAAAAAUUUCAAAAGCGGAAAGCUGAUUAAAAACCAAAUACGACCACAGACCUCUCCCCAUCAUCAAUAAUUUAUACGCGCACUGUUAAUAAAUGCAAUAGCAUCUCCUUUCUCUCUCUCUCUCUCUCUCGCUCUCUCUCUCCCCUCUUUUGAGCUGAGUGACGAACCAGUAGUAGAUCUAGAUCCCAACCCCAACAUCUUUCAACUCACUUCAUCCGAUCGUUCAUCUCAGUCUUGCAGGGUCGCUGUUGUUAAAAUAACCAUGUCAAGAAGGCCCUCCCGACGUUUUGGAGAUGGUGCGAAUAUUCCAUUUAUGGGCUCCUUGCAUCCCAAAGCUCGCUCGUCACCAUUAUUAUCUGUUGGACUUGUGCUUGUGGGUGCAUUUCUCAUAAUUGGGUAUCUGUACAGUGGUUCAGGUGGAUCUAGCAGUCAAGAUGCCGUUAGUAAACUUGAAGGCGGUGUUUCAUGCACAUUAGAAGUUCAAAAAGCACUGCCUAUUCUGAAGAAAGCAUAUGGGGACAGCAUGCGUAAAGUACUGCAUGUGGGCCCUGACACCUGUUCGGUGGUAUCUGCAUUACUAAAAGAAGAGGAUACUGAAGCCUGGGGUGUGGAACCAUAUGACUUGGAGGAUGCUGAUAGCAACUGCAAGAGUCUAGUGCACAGAGGCAUUGUUCGGCUGGCUGAUAUAAAGUUUCCUCUUCCCUACCGACCGAAAUCAUUUUCUCUAGUCAUAGUUUCAGACGCAUUGGAUUAUCUGUCACCAAAGUACCUAAACAGGUCUCUGCCGGAGUUGGCGAGGGUAUCAGCUGAAGGUUUUGUCGUUUUUACUGGUUAUCCAGGUCAGCAUAGAGCUAAAGUGGCAGAGUUAUCCAAAUUUGGUCGACCAGCCAAACUGCGAAGCUCAUCUUGGUGGAUAAGGUACUUUGUGCAGACCAGCUUAGAAGAGAACGAAGCUGCUACUAAGAAGUUUGAGCAAGCUGCAACCAAGAGAUCGUACAAGCCUGCCUGCCAAGUUUUCCACCUCAAAUCGUACCAUUGAAAUGUCUCGAUAACAUCUUGGCAAAAAAAUUAUGAUGAGAAAUGUCUUCAGUUCACGAGAAAUAUAUUACAUAUCAUGUUAAGUUUUGUUUUGAUGCUUAAUUUAUGCAACACUAGAUAUCUUUUACCCGAAAAAAAAAAUCUGCAGGGAGCCUUGGUAAGAUGUAAUAGUGUUUCGGGUUCUUGCUUCCCAAUGCUGGAGCUUGUUGUAGGCCAAAUGCUGAUUCUGUUUAGUAUAUUCCAACUUAAUCUGCUAGUUUGAUUAGUAUAUAGGAGAAAACUGACCACUAUUCUUUCAAUAAUUUGAAAUGAUGUCUUCUUUUU